AUGUAAUUAAUUAUGCUGAUGCAACCUCUUUUUAUGAUAAUUGAAAAUGGAAUAGAAGAGUGGAAUCCUGAUUAUUCUUUUUUACAUCUAAUUACCUUAUUGAUAUUCAGAUAAGAUGUGCUUCUUUUAGAUUAUGACAUUGCUUAUACUAGAGUAUAUUUAGUAGUUUUGAUAAUAUUUACAAUUCAAAAAGCAUGGCAAUUUACCAUAACAUAUUUACUUUAUCGAAUAAAAGAACGUGAGCGGUAAUUUUAGAAGAUGGAAGAAUGUACUCCUUUGAGAAUUUCAUUAAUAAUACUUGCAGUAUAUACAUAAUUUUCAAUAACAAUAUUGCACUUAAUAUUUUCAACUCUCUGUAUAAUUAGUUUUGCUUUUUGUAUUAAAAAUGGAUAGGAAUAUGUUCAUCUAAUUUUGUCUUUACUGACAUAUAUUCUUUGGUAGGUUGAUUAUUUAAUUACAUAUACUAUCUUCAGUACAUCUUUAACAUUUAAGCACAAUUUUUUAGAUAUCUCAUAAACUACACUAUUUACUUAUUUUGCCUAUCUUUUUUAGUAAUUACAAAUUGUAAUUUUUUGUAUUUUAUAAAAUCAAAAUAGUGUAAGAUUAUCAAAUAUUAUACUAAUGUUAUUUGAUAUACUAUCAUAAAUAGUAAAUCAAUUUUUAUUUUAAACUUAUAUCUUCAAAGAAUCACGAUAAAUAUUAUAUUUCACUUGUUCAAUCAAAUUUGUUUUAUGUUUUUAUUAUUUGGGGAAAUCAAUCGAUUAAAAAUAAAUGUUUGAAUAUCUAAUAAUUCCAUUAUUGUUGUUACCAAUAAUAUAUUAUGGACUCAUUUCAAUUGAUAUUAAAAUUCAUUAUGAGUCAUUUGUUAAUAUAUUCAAAGAAGAACCAAAUCUUAAUAAACUUGUGUAUUAAUUGAAACUUAUCUUAAAUUAAUGUGAUAUAGAUAAAUAAAUGAUUCCUUUAAAAUCAUCUUUAAUUAAUAAAUCUCAUCGUUAGUAAUGUCAUAAUUAAUUAUGUAUAUGUUCAAAUAAAAUAUUUAUAUCUGAAAUUUCAUAAGCAAAUGCCAUAACAUAAACUAUUUUAAAGUAAUUUAUUUAUAAUAAAAUUUCAUUUAUAUUACAUUCCAAAGAAGCACAAAAGAGUCACUAAUAUAAUUAAUUAGUAAUAGUACAAACUUUAUUAUUAUAUGAUUUUGGUUGGCUAACAGACUCAAUUAAAAAUCUCACUUAAUUAUUGAAUUGUUAAUUUAAUAAUUAAAAUUUUGUUAUAAGAAAGGAAAUAUAAAGAAAAAUUGUUUAUGAUGAAUCUUGUAAUGAAACAUCAACAAGGAAAGAUAAAUCUGAUGAACAUUAAACAUAAUUCAUUAGAUUAAAAGUCUAGAUUAGUUUAAUUGAUUAAUGUAGAAUUAAUUAUAUUCUAUAUUUAGCAAAGUUUAAAUUAAAAUCAUAACUUGGAACAUCAAUGCAUGCUUAUUAAUAAUUAAUGGUAACAGAUUUUAUUCAAUCAUUUCUUACUUAUGAUUUAUCUCUAAAAUAAAUAUAAACAUAGAUGAUGGAGGCUAUUAAUGAUAAAAUUGAAUUUUAUUAUAAAAUAAUAAAGGAUGAAAAAUAAAAUUUAAAUGUUUUAGGAAAAUGUACUAAAGAAAUAUGUUUUAAACUUAAUAAAGUUAAAAAAUAACUUAAAUAAAUAUUUGCAGCAUAUCCAUGUUCUAGUAUCUAAAGAUGUAUAUGUUUUUUUUAAUGUGAAUUAUUAAAUAAUUAUUAUGAAGCCAAUAAAACAUCUACACUUACAUCUAUGUAGGAUGAUAAAAUGUUUAGAAAUAAGAAAAUAACUAAUUAUGACAUAUAAGUUGAUUAGACUGCCUAUGCUAUAUUAUCAAUUAAAGGAGAGUUAGAUGAUUUCCAUAUAGAAUAAGUGUCUUCUUAUUUUUUAAAAUUGAUUGGUAAAACAUCAAAUAAGGAUAUCCAUUUUUUUUAAUUAUUACCUCGUUUUAUGAAGAAUUGGCAUCCUUCUUUUAUUCAUAAUUUUUUUAAUGAUGGAUAAUCACGAUAUUAUAAGAGUUUUAAUUAAAGUUUUAUUUCCACAAAUACUGGAUUACUUAAAACUGUUUAUUUAUGUUAUGAUAUCACUAAAAUUUUAUCAAAUUAAAAUCUUGUAUUUGCAGCAUUUUUAUAAGAAUUACCUGAUUAAAAAUGUUUUUUAUUAUCAUAUGGAACAAAUUAAAGAUUAACAUUUUCAGAGAAUUUCUUUAAAAAGAUAGGAUUUCAUUAAAAAAUAAUACUUGGACUCCCUUAAGUAUUGACAAUAGUUAAUGGACUCUAUUUAUAAUAUUUAAUACCUUCAUUUCCAUAAGGAGAUAUAGAAAAUGAUACAUUUUAAUUAAAUACAGAGAUGAGAUUUUUGGAUGAUAAACAUUUAAAAGAUAUAUAAAAUGAAGGAGUAGAUUUAGGUAUGUAUAUUUUAGAUCCUAAAUAAUGGUAAAAGGAAGAUUAAGUAUAAUUUUAUUCAGUUUCAAUAAUUGUUACUAAAAGACAUGUAAGUUAAUAAUCAUAUUUAUUAAUUGAAUUUUCAACUAUUACAAAAAUAGCUAAAAAUUUAACUGAAAAUUCUAAAUUUUAAACUAUUUAAAAUAAUGAUAUAACAUCACUUUAAUCUUAAGAAGCUGAAUUUAUUAAUGAUAGUUUUGCAUCAUUAAUGAAUUUGAGUGAUGAAGCUGAACCAAAAAAGGUAAAUAUUUUUGAUGUAAGAAUGAAAGAAUUUCUAUAAAAUGAAAUAUAAGAUGAAGAAGCUGCUAAUAUUGUUUCAUAUAGGAAAGAUGAAUUUUAGAAUAAUGUAUUUCCAUAAAGUCAUAGAUUAUUACUUUCAGAAAGAAAAAAAGAAAUUUAAUAAGAAUUUUAUAAUAUAGAAUAGAUGCGUAUGGAUUCAUUAAAAUAAUCAUCAAUUUAUGAAUCUCAUAAGUAAAGACCAAUAGAACAUAAUGUUAUUGAUGAAAUAUAAUCAUAAUAAUCUUCAGUAGGUGGUGUUAAAGAAUCUUAAUUAUUUAAGAAAUUUGAAAUGAUAGAGAAGAUAAUCAAGAAAAAGAAAUUUGAUAAAAUGUCAGUAUAUCUAAUAUUACUUUUAUUACAAACAGCUUUCUUUAUAUCGUUUGCAUUAAUUGUAAUAACUUUGAUAUCAACAGAAUUGCUUAUGUUUAUAUAAGAGAUAGAUAUGAUAUCAUUACAUGCAAGUAUAAUGGCACCUCAUGAUUUAUAUCUAUCAAUUAAAGUAACAAUAUCAGCAUAUUAAUAAUAAUAUCGUGAAAAAUAUAUAGAUAAUGCAACCUUAUAUAAAUUGAUAGAUCCAUUGUAUUAAUUUAAUGCUCCAUAUUAUUUUGAUUUGCAAAAUAAUUUAUUUGAUGUAUUGUAGAAUGAACAUUUAUCAGCAUUCUUUACUGACCAAUAAGUUACAGUAUAUUUUAUGGGUAAUAAUGAUUCUGUAACAUAUUCAAAGGAAAUGUCUUUUAGAGAGGAAUUGUUAGCAAUAUUACAUGCUUAAUAUUAAUUUAAACGAGUUUUUGAUGCUCGUAAAAAUGCAAAUGGUUAAGCUUGUUAAGUACUACAAUUUGCAAAUUAUUUUAAUUUAUAAGAUAAAUUAGAAGAAUUAACAGAUGAGAUUUUGGAAUAUUCAAAAAAUAGAAGUUUAGCAGCUGCUGAUUAAUGGUUUAUCAUAUGGUUAAUUUAUUAAUUGAUUGCUAUUUGUAUUGGACUUACUACUUUAUUUUAUAAAAGAAGUAUAUUGAAAACAUAUGAGAAAUUAUUAAGUUUAUUUUAUUUUUCAGAUAAAAAUUCACUUGAAUAAGAAAUAUAGAAAUUAAAAAAUUUGAAUACUUUAAUUUAAUAGAAUUAAGAUUUGUUAUCAAAAUAUGAUUUUAAUUUUAGAGAAAGAGAAGAAUUAGUAAAUAGAAAGAAGAAAGAAAGUUAAUCAAUAAAAUAAGAGAAACCAAAAAAGUAAGGUGAGCAAAAGUUGUAAAAAAUUAUACCAAUAAUAGCCUUUUUUUGCAUUUAUAUCUACUUUUUAGUAUAUUCUGUGAUUAUUCAUGAAGAAACUAAGAUCUAUUUGACAAAAUAUAAAUAGACAACUGAUUUUUAUAGAUUAGUUUAAGAUCUUAGAUUUAGAAGUGGGAAUAUUUAUGUUUAUAGAGAAAUCUUUUUUAGAUGGUCUAAUUUUACAUACUUAAAUAAAUCUGAUUUAAAUCGUUUAUAUGGUUUAGUUGAGAAAUCUUAGAAUGUAAUGUAAAUUUAUGUGAAUGGUUUAUCACAACAAUAAAAUGAUGAAUACUUGUUUUCAACUAAUUAUAUCAAUUUUAUAAGUUAAGUGGAGAAUUCAAAUCUUUGUAAUUUCAUAGAUUCAGUAAAGUAUUUAAUUUACAAUAGAAGUACCUGAAUCUAACUCCUUAUUGUGAAUAUGCCUUGGAUGGAGUCUUAUAGAAAGGAAUGAUACCUAGUUUGAAUUACAUAUCUUAAUCAAUUCGAAGUUAAUAGGAAAUUAACAAUUUUACAAAGAGAGCAGAAGUCCAUUUUUAUGAAUUGGAAGGAGCUUAGGUAAUUUGUUUAGCCUUUCAGAAUGUAUCAGAAUAAUUAAAAUAAAGUAUGAUAGAAUUGACUCAAAGUUUUAAUUAAACAAAUGAGGUAUGUAAAAUUAAUGAAUAUAUAAUUAGGUUCUAUCUUACUUAUUUUUACUAUCUUAAUUAUUAUUUUCAAUUAUUUUUGUGACAUGUUUUAGAAGACUAUUAAUUACAGAAUUCACUAUGUAUAAGAAAUCUCUGUAAUUAAUUCCUAUUCAAGUAUUGUUAGGUGAUGAUUCUUUAGAAAGAGCUUUGCGUCAAUUUGAAUUUACAGAAAAAAUAUGA